CCAGCUUGAGCCCCACCAUGCAGACCCCGGCAGAUUUCCCCAGGGGUGAGAGAGACUCACUCCCCUGUCCCAGAAAGCCCCGGACGCUGCGUGCUCCUGCCAUGGUGCCUCGGCCCUGCCGGCCGAAUGGAGCAGGAUCCCAAGCCGCCCCGCCUGCGGCUCUGGGCCCUGCUCCCCUGGCUACCCAGGAAGCAGCGGCCCAGGACCAGCCAGACCUCUCUGCCUGCCCCUGGCCCUGGCUCUGGCCCCAGGCGGGACUCGGAUGAGGGCGUCCUCAAGGAGAUCUCCAUCACGCACCACGUCAAGGCUGGCUCUGAGAAGGCCGACCCAUCCCAUUUUGAGCUGCUCAAGGUUCUGGGCCAGGGAUCCUUUGGCAAAGUCUUCCUCGUGCGGAAGGUCACCCGACCUGAUUGUGGGCACCUGUAUGCCAUGAAGGUACUAAAGAAGGCAACGCUGAAAGUGCGUGACCGCGUUCGGACCAAGAUGGAGAGAGACAUCCUAGCUGAUGUAAACCACCCGUUUGUGGUGAAGCUGCACUAUGCCUUCCAGACUGAGGGAAAGCUCUAUCUUAUUCUGGACUUCCUGCGUGGCGGGGACCUCUUCACACGGCUCUCUAAAGAGGUGAUGUUCACAGAGGAGGAUGUGAAGUUUUACCUGGCUGAGCUGGCUUUGGGCCUGGACCACCUGCACAGCCUGGGCAUCAUUUACAGAGACCUCAAGCCUGAAAA